AUGAAUUUUACUCCUUUCAUUGUGUUUUUCCUGCGUGUGUGUAAUUAACCAUGUAAGUGGCUUUGUUUGAUAUUUAUAGUUUGACUUAAGUUUGGCUUAAAUGUGUUUAUUUUCAUGCUUGCUGUAUUUUCGGUUUAGGCAUGUGCUUUAGUUAGUCCUUUGCAAAGCAUGCUGGGAACCAGAAAUCCACUGCCCAACUGUCAACGUUAUCAACACAACUUCAACUCAAAGUAAAAUAAAAAAAAAAAAAUAAUGCAAAACAAAACUUUGAAAUACACGCAAUAUUAAGAUGAUGUAAUGAAUAACAAUGUAGUGUCAACAGAAGGCAUUAAAAAAUUGUGACUUUUAAGUUUUAAUUACAUCAAUAAAUUAGAUUUCUUAGACAUCCAUGCAUUUAUUAAUGGUAACAUGUCGACUGAACUACUUUUUAGAGUGUAGAAUGGAAUUGAACAAACUACAUAACGUGAUGCUAGGUGAUGCUAAGUGAUAGUAUGAAAGUAACACAAGAUAUAAAGUAAUUUAAACAUCUAUAAAACAAUUUCAGUAUAAACAUCAUGACUGAAAUCUUAUAAAUGUCUUAUGUAAACAUUUAUUCUACUCACUUUACAAGAUGCAGAUGAACUACGCAGUUUCAAAAUAUAGUUCCUGAGUCUCAACCAGCCGUUUCCUCUUUGUGGUUAAAAAGUUAACUGUUGCUUUAGCAGCAGUACAGCUCCUGACGUUUGUCGAUUAAUUAUUAAUUUAGGUAAAUGCACCAGCAACAACAUGCCAUACCCCAUCUCACUUCAAUGUUUAAUUAAAAAAAAAAAUAAAAAAAUAUUUUAACUAAAUCAAUUAACAGAUCUUUAUCCAAAGACAAAAACUCAUCAUCUCAAAACUGGUCUAUCAGAAUAAAUUUCAUAAAAAAUGUAUGUUCUGAUGAAAAGUCAUGAAUAUUAAGAACAAAUCCAUUCAAUAUACAGUAUGUGAUGACCUCCCAUAAGCACUAAGGGACCCCCCAUAACACUCAAAAAGAUAUGUUUGGGGGGUCCCCUGGUUUUGCAAUAAAAAAUGUAAUACUUCAAACAUAAAACUAGUGAAAAUGAAACAAAAAGAUUUGAUUACUGUAUUAAAUUUAGACCUGUGCACGUUAAUUCAUAAAUCAUUUUUACGCGUUUUACAGCGUUGCGCAUUAUAACCAAUCACACGCAGCUCUGUUGAGUUUAGAAUGCAGUGGCCAAUCAGAGGCGUUCAGAACAGUCAUUGCUGAAACCUGGAGAUUUGUUCAGAUUGAAUUCGCGAAUUCCCUCAUCAUAAGCAACAAAGUGGAGAUGUAUGAACUAUCCCGUUGGUUAUAUUUCCUCGUCCUACGGCUCCUUCCUACACACAACCCUGACAGAAGAUCGGACCAAAAAAUAUGCCGGAGGCUGAGGACGCGCUUUUGGGUCUGCGGCAAGGUGGUCGGAGGUUGGAGCGAUAUGUGGAGGAUUUCCUAGAGCUCGCUAACCAGCUGAGCUGGCAUGACACUGCUCUAGGUGCGUGUUUUCAGCUGGGGCUGGACAACGAGAUUAUCCGUUGCGAUCUUCCCAUGUGUGAGUAUCCCCUGAUCGAACUGAUUAAUCUCCCUGAUCGGCCGUGGCUCCUCGAGCUCCCUGAUCCACCAUGGCCUCCUGGACUGUGUGCUCUGCCAUGGCUCCCCGAGCUUCCUGAUCCGCCAUGGCUUCCCAAGCUCCCUGACCCACCAUGGCUUCCUGAAGCUCCCUGAUCUGCCCACCCCCCCUCCCCGGUGUAUAUGUUAAGGCGCGAGAUGUGCCUUCCGGAAGGGGGGAGUAAUGUCAUACCCCUAUGGACUGUUUUGUUGGUUUCACCCUUCUGUGCCCUUAUGUGGUCUUUCCUGUUCCGUUUCUUGUUAAGUCUUCAUUGGUUAAUUACCCACACCUGUCUUUAUCUAGUUAGCACACCUUUAUAAGUUUGAUUCAGUUCCUUGGUUUUCAUCCGAUCUUAACGUUAUGUGAGUGUGUGUUCCCCUGCUGUUCCUGUACCCUUGUUUGGAUUUUAUGAUUAAAGCCUGUUUGUUAUAUUUCCUCGUCCUACGGCUCCUUCCUACACACGACCCUGACAACUCUUGAUUGUUCUUUUACUUUAUGCCAAUUUUCAGCAAAGCCUAUGUAAAUAGAUUUCACACUGCUAUUCCAAGCCUAUGUAAAUAGAUUUCACAGCUGCUAUUCCAGAUGAAGGGAAAGUACCCAAAAUGUUAGUUUCUGCCCAUGAGAUUGCACCUGAUGCUUUGCAUAGCCCACAGAGAAAUAACAGAGUGGUACCAGGGGAAAAUCUGACUUCAUCUGCAUCUGUUUUGGUGAUGAGUAAAGGACAAUCAGAUGUACCUGGAUCACACAUUGGGCAACACUCUCCAUUAAGUGAUGUUUUAUUAACAAAUUUCGGGAGGAGCACGCGCAGAUAAUUAACACGGCCAAUUCACCAUCAGUAAUCACACUCUCUAAGCAAGGGAGAAUCCCUAUAAAUAACCAAGCAGUCUUACCUCCUCCAUCUCUAGUCUUUUCAGCACCCAUCCAGUCACGAAUAUUGUCAUUUGCCGAAUUCACCAUCGCUUUCACCCGUUACUCAGAAGUCAUCUGUGCCGCUUUUCCCCACAGGAGACGCGAGCUCAGCGACUAUCUCACAAUAGUCGCCGAGCUCGCACUGUCAUACGGAGGUUCCCACUUUUAUACCUACCAUAAAUUGUUCGCGGCCAAAUGUGCCAUCCGUGUAGCCCAGUGGAACCAGUGUCCUUAUUGGGGGGCUUUGGACACCGAGCUCCAUAACAGAGUGUUCCUGUGCUGCCGCAACAUCUCCUGCGCAGUCUGCCGUUCUUUUUCCCACCCCACCAUCACAUGCCCUUUCAUCAAUCCAUCCAUUCCUCCCUGCCCUGAACCAUCCCAACCCAAAUCCACUAGCUAUGUCCCACGCCUCAUGGAUACCCCAGCCACCCCCACUCCCACAUUUCGCCGCCGCCCACCUUCCACCGUCAGCCAGGUCUGCGCCAGCUUUAACAGGUAAGUGCACGAGACAGCGCUGCCAGUUCAUGCACGUGUGCAACUUUUGCGGCGGGGCUCAUGCCCGUCUGAUUUGUCCAGUACAAAAAGCUGCAAAUAAAAAUUCAGAAAAAUACUUAUCGACCCCUGUGAAUAUUUCUCGUCUGUCUGUAGAAUUGCUUCACCACCCUGACUCUCUUUUUACAGAUUAUGUUCUUUCAGGUCUCGCACACGGCUUCCACCCCGGUGUCGUAAGUCUCCCCUCCCAAAGUCUCAUCUGCCCAAAUCUCCACUCCGCUCUCACCGAACCUGAAAUAGUCGACCUCCUCGUCAAAAAAGAAAUAGACGCAAAUUUCAUGAUCGGCCCCUAUGCCGUCCCUCCCUUCCCCAUUUUUCGGGUCAGCCCCAUUGGUGUAGCCACUAGAAAAUUCUCAGGCAAAAAACGCCUCAUAAUCGAUCUCUCUUCCCCACAUAAUUCCCCGUUCCCGAGCAUUAACAGUCUCAUCCCGCUUGAAGAAUUCUCUCUUCACUAUCACGACGUUGACCAAGCCAUCACCCUGAUUAAAGACGCAGGCCGUGGCGCUUGGCUGGCAAAAGUCGACAUUACUUCCGCCUUUAAAGUUAUGCCCAUCCACCUAGAUUUUUGGCACUUAUUCGGCAUCCGCUGGAAGAAUGAAUUCUACUUCGCCGUCCGCCUCACGUUCGGCUGCCGAAGCAGCCCUAAAAUUUUCGACACGUUGUCAGAGGCAAUUUGCUGGAUCCUCUUCAACAAUUACACCAUUCCCUACCUGAUCCACCUUCAAGACGAUUUCCUAAUUGUCUCGCCCCCAGACUCCGUCCCAGCCGCGUACCUCUUGACAAUCCAAAAGCUUUUUUCAGAGCUCGGGAUUCCCCUCGCCCAAGACAAAACCGAGGGUCCUAGCACUUCCAUCGAAUUUUUGGGCAUCAACUUAGAUUCCCAAAAAUUCCUGGCCUCCCUACCCAAAGAAAAAAUUGACAGGACGAUUGUGAUAGCCUCCACCCUGUUAACCAACACUAGCUGUUCAAAACGCGAGCUGUUAUCUAUUCUAGGUCAUCUAAAUUUCGCAAUGCGCAUUAUCCCACAAGGCCACCCCUUCAUCUCCCACCUCCUUUCCCUCGCAUCCUCCGCCCACGCUCUAGAGGACCGCAUUUCCAUAACUGAUUCGUGCCGCAACGAGGUCAGUCUGUGGAUUUCCUUCCUCAAACAGUGGAACGGCUUAUCCUUCUUUUACAGCAACCUGGUUUCUUCCCCAAUCGAUAUCCAAUUAUAUACCGACGCCACCCCCUCCGUCGGUUUCGGAGGUUUUCUCCGAGGCCGCUGGUUCGCUUCUACCUGGCCCCCCGAGCUGGCAGAUUUGCCUCAACAGCUAUCAUCCUCAGCGCUAUUCGAGCUUUAUCCGUUAGUGGCCGCAGCCUCCCUAUGGGGCAAAGAGUGGUCCGCCACCAGCAUCGUCGUCCACUGCGACAACGAAGCUAUCGUGCACUGCAUUAACAAAGGUCGUUCCCAUUCCCCCGCACUAAUGCCUUUGUUAAGACGCUUGAUUUGGAUUUCAGCUUGUGACCAAUUUAUUAUAACCGCAAAACACAUUCCCGGGUCAAAGAACCAAAUAGCUGACUCUCUCUCUCGUUUUGCCUUUCAGAAAUUCAGAUCGCUGGGACCAGAGGCGGACCCGCUCCCGACCCCGGUUCCUCCUUAUUCAGAACUGAUAUUCCCGUAA